CUACAACGCUGGGAUCAGUGCGUGCGAGAAGGUAGGGCAGUGGCAGGUGGCUCUGUCGCUGCUCAGCGAUCUCCAGAAGGCGAAGUUGGAGCCCAACUCAGCUACAGCGCUGGGGCCAGCGCAUGCGAGAAGGGCGAUCAGUGGCAGCGGGCUUUGGCGCUGCUCGGAGAGCUUCAGACGGCGGAGCUCGAGCCUAACGUCAUUAGUUACAGCGCCGGGAUCAGCGCGUGCGAGAAGGCCCAGCAGUGGCAGCUGGCUUUGGUGCUGCUCAGCGAGAUGUUGGAAGCUCGCUUAG